UGGAGCGCGGGGUUUGACUGGGCCGUUGUUGUAGUGACCGGGAGGCGCUGCCGCUCCGGGCGGAGGGUUCCGGGCGCCGCACGGUCCCCCUUCCUAUCUCGCCCCCUCCCUUCCCCCAAUUCCCCACACGGGCAGGAGCCAGGAGCCACCCGCUCCCCCCAUGGCCUCCGCCCCGGAGGACCCCGUUCUGCAGCGUUAUUUUAAGGGCCACAAAGCGGCGAUCACCUCCGUGGACUUUAGUCCCGACGGCAAACAACUUGCUACUGGUUCUUGGGAUACGUUUCUCAUGCUAUGGAGUUUCAAGCCGCAAGCUAGAGCUUUCAGAUAUGUGGGUCACAAGGACGUUGUAACCAGCGUGCAGUUUUCUCCACUUGGAAACUUACUGGCAUCUGCUUCACGAGACAGGACCGUUAGACUCUGGAUUCCUGAUAAGAGAGGGAAAUCCUCUGAAUUUAAAGCUCACACAGCUCCAGUUAGAAGUGUGGACUUUUCAGCCGAUGGCCAGUUUCUUGCUACAGCUUCUGAAGACAAAUCUAUCAAAGUAUGGAACAUGUAUCGCCAGCGCUUCUUAUAUUCUUUGUACCGACACACACACUGGGUUCGCUGUGCCAAGUUUUCACCUGAUGGAAGACUAAUUGUAUCAUGUAGUGAGGAUAAAACUAUUAAAAUCUGGGAUACCACAAAUAAGCAAUGUGUUAAUAACUUCUCAGAUUUUGUAGGGUUUGCAAAUUUUGUGGAUUUUAACCCUAGUGGUACAUGCAUAGCUUCAGCAGGUUCUGAUCAUACCGUGAAAAUCUGGGAUAUAAGAGUGAACAAGUUACUCCAGCAUUAUCAAGUUCACAGCGGUGGAGUUAAUUGUGUAUCAUUCCAUCCUUCGGGUAACUAUCUCAUCACUGCUUCUUCAGAUGGUAUGCUUAAGAUUCUGGACCUCUUAGAAGGAAGGCUCAUAUAUACACUUCAAGGACAUACGGGGCCUGUCUUCACUGUUACAUUUUCAAAAGGUGGAGAGCUGUUUACAUCAGGAGGUGCAGAUGCACAGGUCUUAUUAUGGAGGACUAACUUUGAUGAACUGAAUUGUAAAGAUGUUAUUAAAAGAAACCUCAAAAGAUUACACUUUGAUUCACCACCACAUCUUCUCGAUAUCUACCCAAGGACACCACAUCCCCAGGAGGGAAAAAUUGAAACUGUUGAAAUUAAUCCAAAGCUUGAUGUAAUCGAUUUGCAGACCUCUACUCCCCCUGUUGUGGACAUCCUUUCUUUUGAUUCUACCACAACAACAGAAACCACUGUUCGAACUCUACCAGACAAGGGUGAAGAGAUCUGCGGAUAUUUCUUGAACCCUUCUUUAAUGUCAUCAGAAUGUUCACCUACAACCUUGAAAAAGAAAACAGAAGAAAUGAGCUACCUCCCUUCUGAGAGUCAACGAAACAUACCGCUCGCUGUGACCGAUGCGUUAGAGCAUAUUAUGGAACAGCUCAAUGUUUUGACACAGACUGUUUCAAUCUUGGAGCAGCGACUGACUUUGACAGAGGAUAAGCUGAAAGACUGCCUUGAAAAUCAGCAAAGGCUUUUCAAUGCUAUCCAACAGAAAAGUUAAAUAGAAAAAUAUGAGCAGAGGCAUGAGAAAUGAACACAUGUACACGUACUCAGGAAGGUAGUACAAGAUGCUUUAUGCAACACAACCAUGUGCUAAUUAUCAUGGCAUUUCUUAAAAGGGUGAGCAACAAAACAAAAGGCAGAAAAGGCAUAAUUAAGGACUAAUGUAAACACACAAAUCAAUGUCGAGGACUAAUUCAAAUCAUUACCAUUUAUGAUUGCAGUAAUAAAGUGAUAAGCAUUCAAGUGGCUCUGUAUUUUCCCCCAUAUUAUUUUAAAUGUCAGUUUUCAUUAAUAGUCCAAAUCCUGCCAGUAAAGUAAUCAAAUCUCAGUAUUUCAUUGUUAUUUCAAAUUGACCAUGUUCAGGCAAUUCCUUAAACAACUGGUGUACUUUUUUAGUGUAAACAGUACCCUUGGGGUGAAAUAAUUCACUUACCUCUAAAAUAGCAUUUUGUAUGCAGAGAAUGAAUUAAUGAUCUGAUUUGUAUUUCUUUCCGUUAAAAAAAAAUUUAUUCUUUACCUAUGCCUUGAAAAGAUGAUCUCAUACAACUCCCAAACUGCAGAAUUUCCACAGCAAGAAUACACUUAUUUUAAUUAGCAACAGCACAUACAGGACAUAUGGCAGUGGGUUUCGAUUUAAUUUAUGGUAUACAUUGUUUAUUCUUUGACCAACCUGAAGGAAAAUGAAGAGUUAGAAAUAUGUAAAGUGCAUGAAUCUGCUUCCGUAGAUGAAUGCACUGAAUGAUUUGGGUUGUAUCCAAACCUGUGAUCUCAGUUUACGAAGAUUUAGUUAGUGCAGAAUCCUCAAAACCCAGAACGAUGCAACAGCAAUAUGUAAAAAUAUACACACAUGUAUGUUCACAUUCUUCAGAAAUGUUUAAGGUGAUUUUGUAGCUGAAUAUAAGUACUUUAAAAGAACAUUUGUAUCGUCUUCCUAUUUUUUUUUUUAAUGAAUUGUGAUUUGAAACAAAAUGAAAAUGAGCCAGGCAUUCUAAAAGAUCUUGGUUUUAAAUUAAGAAUUUUAUCUUAAACAAAAUAAGAGAUUAAAUUGAAAAAAACUGAAUUUAGUUUGCAUUUCUGUUAAUCUAUAUCUAGAACAGAAGGUAGGAGAAGGCAGUCCACAUUUAUGAUGCCUGUAGGCAUAACAUGGGGGAAAUACUGUCUAUGUUUUGGAAAAGAAAAAAGUCCUAUUUAUCUAGGAGUCUAUAGUUAGAAAUUUCUCAAAGCAAUUUUGAUUGUAUUUAUGAGGUGAUUUUGUUUUAUCAUCUCCUGUGUUUUAAGUGACUUCAGAUAAUACUAAGUGUGAACUUCUAGACAGUUUCAAGAGUUUAUAAGACUAAGUGGCACUGUAUUUUUAUAACCUCACUGAGAAGACUAAGAAAUGAAACGUCAUACCAAUUUUUGUCUACUUUUUUAAUGCUUCAAACAAUAAAGACAUUUUAC